UACUUGACGCGUUUUUACCUUCUGUUCUGCGUGUUGAUUCGCGCAAAAAAGAAACCAAAACAAACUUUGAACGUUUUAUGGCCUUUUUGGAAGUCGCGGUGGGGAGUCGCCUGGCGAUGACGUAAACACGUAACACUGACAGCGGAGACGCCUGAUCAUUAAGGGAGAGAGAGAGGAAAAAAAUGGCAUUAAAAUGAGGCUCAAAUUAUCGCUGCGUUUGAUUAACAAAUGCUUCAGAAAUAGAGCGGGUUUCUUCUACGCACACGGCUGCAUGUGGACAGAAAUCAAGGCGUGCUACGGAACUCGCCCUGCAUCUAUCGCCGUAGCUAAAACAUCCAGCGACCGAGGGGGAGAGAAAAAAAAGCGCUGACCCCGCCGCCGAGUUAGCUUAGCUUAGCAUCAUUACUGCAGUUUGAACCAGGGAAGCGAAGCGGGCUAGCUUUUUAGCAUUAGCCACACAAAAAAAUCCACAAAACAAAACAACUAAAACCUUUGGGCUUGUGCUGGACAGCGAGCUGGUCUCCCGUUGAUGUGUUAGAAGCAGGAAAAAUGGGCAAGCAUAAGGAUUUGAGCGAGUUUGACCAAGGGCCAAAGUGUGAUGGCUAGACGACUGGAUCAGAGCAUCUCCAAAGCUGCAGCUCUUGUGGGGUGUUCCCGGUCUGCAGUGGUCAGCGUCUAUCAGAAGCAUUCUAUUGGAGUGGGGCAAACUUUUAGCAUGUGAAUACAGUCUCUUGCCGCUUCAGACAGUCUUUACCGUCUCAAAGCCUAUCUGGUGCUACAGACACAAUGUCGAGCCGAAGGAAGUCCACCACCCCCUGCAUGGUGCUUCCAUCAGAUGUAGUGGAGCAGGAUGUGGACAUGGAAACCCUUGCAGGGGAAGAGGGAGUCGAAAACACUGCCGAAGGCCCUGCAGAGGGUGUAGUGAUUCCUUUGGACAGUGAAGGAGAGCCUGAAGACAGCUUAAGCCAUGCUGCAGGAAAACGCCCAAGUCAAACUGCUGUAGAGCAAUCAGUCACAGAUCUGACUGCUGAAGGAAACGUACAGGCUGAAACAGAGGACAGUGAAGAUCCUUCCAUCACUGGAAUUUCUCUCAGCAAAACUCCUAUCAUGAAAAAGAAGCCUGAGCCCAAAAGAAUAGCAGUGUCUCUGAAAGGGGCAGAAGAGGGCGAUUCAUUAAUUGAAAGCGAAGGGGAUCCGGAGUCCAUGGAAACAGCCUCCAUUACAGCAGAUAUGACAACCCCAAUUCUUGGUGAUUCCACGAAAGCUGGUGUGUUUGUUGGCAUUCCCAAUCCAUCUCCUGCUGAGCAAAAGAAGCCAGUCGUGAACCCUGCUACAGUCCUUCCUGCCGGCCUAGCCCAGGUUUUGUCAGCCUUGCAGGCCCAGCAGAGUGCUCAGGCCCAGCUCCUGAUCCCAGUGAGCAGCAUUCCGACCUACAACGUGGCCAUGGACACGAACGCACUUCUGGUGAACACCUAUAAGAAAUUCCCUUAUCCAUCAGUAUCUGAGAUUAUGGGCCUGGCAGCCCAGACCAAGUUCUCAGAGGAGCAGAUAAAGAUCUGGUUCUCUGCUCAGCGUUUGAAGCACGGCGUCAGCUGGACGCCAGAGGAAGUUGAAGAGGCUCGAAGGAAACAGUUUAAUGGCACAGUCCACACGGUGCCACAGACCAUUACAGUCAUUCCGGCUCACCAUCUCUCUGCCACCAAUGGUCUUCAAUCAAUCCUUCAGACUUGCCAAAUAGUCGGGCAGCCAGGCCUGGUCCUGACGCAGGUUGGCACCGCAAACAGCUUGCCAGGCACCACCCCUAUCACGCUGACUGUUGCAGGAAUGCCCAGUCAGAGCCAGGCAUCGAAGAUCACGGCUAGUCAGACCAGUUCUGCUGUUAGCGAAACAAAAAGAGCUACGACGGUCCAGCCACCAUCGCUGACUCCUCAGGAGAGCUCUGCCCUCAACGCCGAUCACUUUGGUCUGCGCCCAAAGAAGUCGAAGGAGCAGCUGGCUGAGCUGAAAGCCAGCUACAUGAAAAACCACUUUGCCAGUGAUGCAGAAAUCGCCAGGCUGAUGAAACUGACCAACCUCACCAAGGGCGAGAUCAAGAAGUGGUUCAGCGAUACCCGUUAUAAUCAGCGCAAUUCGAAAAACAACCACUUCAGCAUACCCCACGAGAGCUCCCGGGCCAACAACAGCAGUGCCACCAUAGUUAUCGACUCUAGCGACGAGACCCCUCAAUCUCCAACACCAUCGCCCGUCAAAGAGAAGGAGACCCGCAAGACCUGGAACCCGUUUCCAGACUUCACUCUGCAGAAAUUUAAGGAGAAGACCCCAGAGCAGUUGGUGAUUCUCGAGGAGAGCUAUCAAAAAUGCGACACCCCGACGGAUGAAGAACUGAGUCGCCUGAGAUCCGAAACAAAGCUCACCAGGCGGGAGAUUGAUGCGUGGUUCACGGAGAAGAGGAAAACUCCUGUCAUAGAUUCAUCGGAACAAAAGAUGGAUGAGAUGGACGGUAAGCCCUCCCAGAGUAAAGACAGCCAGAGUCCAACGGGAGGAAAAAAGUUGUCCAAGGAAAAGAUCACAAAGAAAACUCCAGAGCAGCUUCAUGUCCUCAAGAGCGCCUUUGUACGCACUCAGUGGCCAUCUGCCGAGGAAUAUGACCAGCUAGCUGAGGAAAGUGGGCUACCCCGGUCUUACAUCGUCAACUGGUUUGGAGAUACCAGAUAUGCCUGGAAGAACGGGAACCUUAAAUGGUACUUCUAUUACCAGAGCGGCAACUUAGAGGGUCUGAAUGGUAACAAGGGCAGGAAACGGAGGAUUCGGAACCGUGGCUGGGGGAGGUCUCGCAGCAGGAGAGCCAGAAAAUCCACAGGUUCUGAGAAGUCCCCACCGAUGAAGUUCAAGACCGGGAAAGAGUUUCUCAAGGAAUACUACUUGAAGCACAAGUUUUUGAACGAGCAAGACCUGGAUGAGCUGGUAGCCAAAUCGAACAUGAGUUACGAGCAGGUCAGGGAGUGGUUCGCAGAGGUCGGUAGGAAGGUGGACAUGGGCGCAGAUCCUUUUGAAGAUAACACUGGUAACGAGCAAGAAGAGGAGGAGUCCGAGGGGGAGAACGAGAUGGCGGUCGAAGAGCAAGGGCCCUCAGCCGCCGGCGACGACGACUGCGACGACGACGACGACGAUGAUGAGGAUACAGAUGAUAGCGAUUCCUGGGAGCCCCCACAAAGCGCUCGAAAAACCUUGCCAGGGUCUGAGGAACACUGAUCCAUCAGCUGGUUUAGCUUGGUUCAGAAAUAAUCAAAAGUUUGUGAAAAAGAGAGUGACUGACGAUCCAGUUACCACACAUUUGACUAAUCCUGCUUGCGCCGCUUUUUACAUUUCUCAAUUUCUUAUCCAAGCUUACUGUUAGUGUUUGUUUUUUUGGAAAUUUGCAGACACACAAGUGAUGACUGGUUCUGUGGAAUCUCUCUUCACAAAUUCGAGGUUCAAGUCUCUCGGCUCUGUUCAUCUCGGAACAGUCUUGCACACAAAAUGAAGAAUCCUGGCCCAGCCAGUCUGUACCUUCAAAAUGUGCAAUUUGUCUAUAAUUUAAAAAAGAAAGAAAGAAAGAAAAGAAGACAUUUCAUUUCAGGUUAUGGGCAGAUGUUUUUUGUUUUUGUUUUUUUAAAGAAAAAAAUAAAGUUCCUCCCAUGGCCACAAGGAGGAUCUAUGGUGCCAAAGUUACUUUUGCUGAAUGUUACGGUUCCCUGUUUUGUGAAAGGAAAUAGUCAAUCAUGUAAUUAUGAGUGUUUGUAAAGAGAGAGAGAGUGAGAGAGAGCGAGAGACAUGCACAAAAACAAACAAAAAAAAUUUGGGCACUUUUUGUUUGGUGUUUUUAAAAAAAAACCCUGCCUAUUAAGCCAUCCAAUGGCUUUCAAGUAUGAAAACGUGUCUUGUAUGAAAUCCGUUUGGUAAUAGUAGGCCAAUCGCAUUCAUCCUUCACUUCUACAUCUACUGAGUGUCAUCUGAAAACGAACACAGCACAACCGGUGAAGGUCUGGAGCUCUGAUGACCACCAUGCGACUUUCCCAGCAUCUGGAGUCUGAGAUGAUGGAGGACAGCUGCAGAAGACUGUUAGCAGACAGUUAUCAGUGCCUGUACAAUGGAGUGGGACCCUGUUAUUUAACCCCCGCCCCCCGCACCGUUUCACCCGGACUCUUUUAUUAAAGCCCCGCCCCUUUUUUUAAUUCGUGGUUUCUUAUUAACAAAUUGUCGUUUGUAUUUCCCAUGUCUACCUGAGGCUCAACCCUUAUGUUCUGUUCAACCUAUGUUGAACUAAUCUCCCUUGUGAAUAUUUUUAUAAAAAUAUUUAUUUAGCCAGGGGGAAAAAAAACCAAGCUGGUUUAAAGCAUUAAAUAUUCAUAAUUUUUUAAAAUUAAUAUCAAAAAUUCAAAAUGUGAUUUUUAUUUUAUUUUAUUUAUUUUAUUUUUUUUCCGUCACCUCUUGCCCGGACACUUAGUAAGGAUGUCAGUGUCCACAUGCAUACAAAAAUUGUUUAUAUUUUUAAUAGUAAUUAUAUACUAUGAUCCAUCCCUUUUCAGCAAAUUAUUUAUUUAUUUUUUGCGAUAUAAAAUCUGUUUUUUUUUUGUUUUUUGUUUUUUUUACUGCACUGAACAGAACAUGAGGGUUUACAGGGACAGAGUGGAUUUGCUUCCCAUGUGAAACCUUAAGGCAUCUGUUAUAUAGAUAAUGGCCCCACUUUUUAAUAACUAAUAUUUUUGGUCAGUUUUAAUUUUCUAUGAAAAGGAUCGGACAAUUUCUAUACCCUGAAUUUUUUUUGUUUUUGUUUUUAAUUGUCCCCUCUUAUAAUAUUGCAUGCUGCAGCUGUUAAGAGGAUGAGGAGAAAAAAAAAAAAAAAAAAAGAUUGCUCAUUUUGUACAUACAUUUUAUGGUUGCAUUUUAUAAGUCGUUUUAAGCAAUUUUAUAAGUUUGUAUUUAUGAUGAUGAUGAUGAUGACAAAUCCCUCCGUGGCCCAAGUGGAGUGCUCGUACGGUGACCCCUUUUUGUGUGCGCUGAAUUGUUAGUGUGAUUUUAUUUUAUUAUUAUUUUUUUUUUUAAAAGAGUUUUUGCCUAAAACUCCACUUGAAUCGUUCUCUCGUCGUUGAACAUUUAUUGCCUGGUGUCCUCCAUGUGAUCCUGCACUUGUAGUGUAUUGUAGACAAGAGAUACACACACGGUUAUAUAAGUAUUGUCUGAAAAAAAAAAAUCUCACACCUUUCUGCAACAUAUCCAUAAAAAAAAAAAAGUUUUCAUCUAGAUUUUAAAAAUGAUGCAUAUGCUUUUUUAUUAUUAUUUUUUCCUGGAAAUGUGUUCUGUGAACUGCAGCAGUGUUCGUGUGGCCUGCUGCCUCCUUUACAUCUGUCACUAGUCAUGUUAACAGCAGUACAUUUACACACCAUCAACUUAGAAUCACUCUAAGGCUCAGUAAAGCUCAUACAGAUCCACGAAUACGAUCGGGCACCAUCAUGGAGGUAACUUGUGAAAUCAUACCGAGCCUUAAAUUUGAAUCGGUGGCAGAAGCUUUAUUUUCCAGAGCCAUACGCCUUGUGCAAUGCUUUUAAUUUAAAACUGUUUUAAUAGGCUGUGGCUUGGUUUAGACAGAAGAUAUAUUUUCUACUUGUUUGAGGACAACAAUAAAUUUAGAUGAAAUCCA